AUGUUUUUCCUCAAAGAUCUUUCGCUGACGGUAACGCUGCACCCAUCGUUCUUCGGCCCACAGAUGACACAGUUCUUACGGACAAAGCUUCUAAACGAGGUUGAAGGGUCUUGUACGGGUAAAUUUGGCUAUAUCAUGUGUGUGCUGGAUUGUAUGUCGAUUGAUAUUGGUAAGGGCACGAUCAUCCCGGGCGACGGUUCAGCUGAGUUUGAGGUGAAGUACCGAGCUGUGGUGUGGAAGCCGUUCAAAGGUGAGGUUGUGGAUGGUACGGUGUCACAGGUGAGCAAGCUGGGGUUCUUUGUUGAUGUUGGUCCGCUGAGCGUGUUCGUGUCGACGCAUUUGAUCCCACCUGACAUGUCUUUCAACCCUGCUGCCAAUCCUCCAGCUUAUCAGUCUGACGACCAAAUCAUUGAGAAGGGUAGCAGGGUGAGGCUUAAAAUUGUUGGUACCAGAGCUGACGUGAAUGCCAUCUAUGCAAUUGGAAGUAUAAAGGAGGAUUAUCUGGGUGCUCUGUGA